CAAGAAUUCUUCAGUGAAAAGGAGUCGGGAGUAUUUUGUCCAUCGCGAAUUAAUCAUAUCUAUAUUAGUAAUUUGUGUGGGUGAAGGAACUUUGCUUUUCUUUUCCCGCGCUUUAGAUCUUACUUUACUCCCAUCAAUUCCACCAUAGCGGCAUAGCCAUUUUCUUCUUCUAAUAUUGAUUUCAUGCUCUGAUCAACAAAAAAUUGUUGAGUUGAAAUGGAUCCUACCAUUCCAUGUCCAGCUCCAUCAAAAAGCAAAAUUGCCAAGACAUUUCAGAAAGUUAUUCACUUAAAAUCAGCCAAAAAAAAUCUCUCAAACCCUGGAUUUUGCCUCUUCAUUCCUCAAGAAAAACUCAAAUGCUGUGAAUCCCAACAGUUCGAGAAAGAAAAUCUCGAAGAAGAAGCAAAAGAAUCAAAGAACCGAGCCGCAGUUGAAGCCUUCGUCGCAAAGCUUUUUGCCACCAUUUCUGCAGUUAAAGCAGCUUAUGCAGAGCUACAAAUGGCUCAGUUUCCGUACAACAAUGAGGCUGUACAAUCUGCAGAUCAAGCUGUGGUUGAUGAAUUAAAAGCACUUUCAGAGCUGAAGCACAGAUUCUUGAAGAAACAGAUCGAUUCUUCGCCGCCCCAUGUGACAUUAAUGCUAGCAGAAAUUCAAGAACAGCAGUCUCUAAUGAAGACUUACGAGAUCACCAUGAAAAAAAUGCAGGGGGAGAUGGAAAGAAAAGACUCCCAAAUUUCAUUACUACAAGAUCAGUUGCAGGAAAUUGUUCAGAACAAUAAAUCCCUCGAGAUAAAACUCAAUGCAAGUGGAUCUUUUUCGAUUCUUGACAAUAUCAAAUUCUCUGAUUCAAAUCCUAGAGUUUUUAUCAUGGUUUUUCACUAUGCAUUGAGAUCCAUACGCAAUUUCGUCAAGUUGAUGAUUAGGAAUAUGGUCUCUGCAAAUUGGGAUACUGAUGCUGCAGCCAAUGCAAUACAGCCCGAAAUCACUUUCAGCAAGAGGGAUCAUAAGGGUUUUGCAUUUGAAUCCUUUGUUUGCAGAGAAAUUUUCAGUGGCUUCAAUGAACCAUUUUUUUCCAUACAAAAUGAUCAUCAGUCGUUGCCUAAUGACACUGAUCAGCUUCGAAUUUUCUUCUUUGAACAGUUCAAGAAAUUGAGAUCAGUGAGUGUAAUCCAGUUUCUCGGGCAGAAUCCAAAUUCUUUGUUUGGGAAAUUCUUGAAAGCAAAGUACCUUCAUUUAGUACAUCCCAAAAUGGAAUUUUCAUUCGCUGGGAAUUUGAAUCAAAGGAAAAUGGUUAAUUCCGGUGAGUACCCAGAAACUGAAUUCUUCAAGGCCUACGCAGAGAUGGGAAGGAGAGUUUGGCUUUUACAUUUUUUGGCAUUCUCACUUGAUCAAGAAGUGAGCAUAUUUCAAGUGAAAAGAAGUUCCAGAUUUUCCGAAGUGUACAUGGAAAGCAUAACGGACGACAUUUUCGUGGCGGCACAGCGUGAUUUUUGGGUGGCAUUCACGGUGGUUCCGGGAUUCAAGGUUGGCCAGACGGUGGUGCAGAGCCAGGUAUACUUAUCUUCGACCAAAACUCCACCCAGAAGUUAGUGUCAGUAGUUCUUUGCAGAAUUUGACACAACUCUGGAUGUGGUGCUAAGAUGGCGAAACAACAUUUGUUAAAAGGCAUAUAUUAAUACCCAGUUACAUUGUCAUAUAAACGGCGGUAAACAGAAAGAAGCGAUGGCAGCGCAUGGAAACCACUCUCUCUUGUUGUAUUAUGCACAAAAACAUCUACAUAUACAAGUAUCCCGCUAUGUUAUUAAAGUUGAGAUCCGGUGUCUCGAAUGCAUGUGUUCCUGGGCUAUCGUCCAAUGCAUUUUUGAUAUCUAUGCACAUCACUUCUAAAAUAUUCCAAGUUACAAUGUGCGAAAUUGAUCUUGACUUCUUUUCAUCUGUUAAGAAAAUGUGAUAUACAGGGAUAGCGAUGGAGUCAGCACUCGACAAGCCCCUGCGAUCACCUGUGAUGAUUCCAUCAGAUUUUUUUUUCUUUUCCAUAUAUAGGGCGGUCGCUCGACGAGCGUUUAGCAACCGUUCGUGCUCAUCUGAAUUCAUCUGUGCUUAUUGAAUUCCUAAAUCCUUCACUAUCGAAAAUCUACUGGACGACAACUAAGCUGAGGGGGCAAUCGUAUUUGGAUAGAAUCGGCAGGUAAGAUAGUCCAAUAAUAAUACCAAAAAUGCACUUGUCGUAUUCAAUACGACACAAGUGCAAGAACGGCAGUACCAUCAAGAAGCAUUUGGACCCACAUGGUCAGGAAUUGAGGCAGGACAUGAGCUGAACUUUCACACAGAGAAGGCUGAAGAGGGAGAAAAGGCAAAAUAAGCGGUAGAUUGUGGGGCCAUUUUUUGUUUCUUGCUCAAAAAGAUGAGAACUGAGGACCCAUUGUGGAGAAAAUUAUAUUCGAUAAAUUCUGGAACUCUUCGUUUUUUUUGUUGAAAGUUAUCCCAAGAAAGAAAUACAGAUCAAGGCCUGCAAGUUCUAUGAAA